UGAAAAUUCAACUCUAAGCUGAAAUAUUGAACAAUCAGCCUCUUCCUUUUAUUCAAGGCUCUGAAGUGAGAAGAAGAAUAAGAAAAUGAAGAGCGAAACAAAAGCGAAGGUAGGAAGUGGUGGAUUUAGGGCAAAAUUGGAUCACUAUCUAUAUAGCGGUUCUCCAAAACAUGUCUUCGUUGGCAUAGUUCUCAUCACUGCCGUCUUCUCCGUUCCCUGGUUCCUUAGAAACAGAGGAACCACACAUCAAUCUCAUCAAGAUUACUUGGAAAGAGCUGAUAAAGCAAGGAGCCAAAGACUCUCAGCUAGUUCUGCUGCUACCAAGUGAUGUUUUACAGCAUUAUGUUCAAGAGAAUAACUUUCAAGUUACACCAAAAUUAUAAAAGAGUUAGAAAUGUUUGUUGAUUACCCUUUUAGUGUCUUUUAGAUUUUCCUGUGCAAUGGAGGUCCAUUUUUCCCCCCAUGUCCUCUUUCCAUUGUACCGAACUUAAAUUUAUCAUGUUAUUAAAAUAAUGAUGUACUAUAACUUGAUGUAGGAAAUUUUCAUUGGUAAGAUAUGAUUAUGCUGUUUGAAGCAUGGCGAUUGAGUUUAA